GCCUUUCAGUCCAUUCAAACCGGUGACCUGAAGCCUGCUCCUCGGGUUCACGGCGUGAAUUGAAGGCUUUUGCUGUGACAGGCGCCCAUAGUAAAAGGGUCACCGUCAAGCAGAGUAUUGGGUUAGAGCUGCGAGCAAAGUGCUGCAAACGCAUCCUGACUACGAAGCUUGUGCGCGCGAUAUGUCCAGGCUGAAGCAGCUACAUUGACUGCAAACAGCAAUAUCAGGUCCAUGCACUGCUGUCCUCCAUGCCUGAGUGCAGUGUGGCCCCUCCUUAUACCGUGUGCCGAAGCUGACGGCCUCCCCAUGCACUCCUCCUUCUCCUGAGUGCCCCACCGCCCCCUCUGCACCAUGCCGCCCUGCCACCUCCACAUCGUCCUCCUGGUGGCGCUCUUUGGCAGGCCUCUCCUCCUACACAGCGACUCGGGCUUCGCCAGAAGGGAGAUCAAGAUCGACGGUGACCUGGUGUUGGGGGGCCUCUUCCCGGUGCAUGAGAAAGGCGUCGGCGCGGACGAGUGCGGCCGCAUCAACGAGGGCCGCGGCAUCCAGCGGCUGGAGGCCAUGCUGUUCGCCAUUGAUGAGAUCAACCGGGACCCGGCGCUGCUGCCAGGCGUCACGCUGGGCGUGCACAUACUGGACACGUGCUCGCGUGAUACCUACGCGCUGGAGCAGGCCCUUGAGUUCGUGCGCGCCUCCCUCACCAAGGUGGACGACACCGAGUUCAUCUGCCCGGAUGGGUCGUACGCCCUGCAGGACAACGUGCCGCUGGCCAUCGCCGGCGUCAUCGGUGGCUCCUACAGCAGCGUGUCCAUACAGGUGGCCAACUUGCUGCGGCUGUUCCAGAUCCCCCAGAUCAGCUACGCCUCCACUAGCGCCAAGCUGAGCGACAAAUCCCGCUACGACUACUUCGCCCGGACGGUGCCACCCGACUUCUACCAGGCCAAGGCCAUGGCAGAGAUCCUACGCUUCUUCAAUUGGACGUACGUGUCGACGGUGGCAUCCGAGGGUGACUACGGGGAGACGGGCAUCGAGGCCUUCGAGCAGGAGGCGCGGCUACGCAACAUCUGCAUCGCGACUUCUGAGAAGGUGGGCCGCUCCAACGCCAAGAAGUCGUACGAAGCCGUCAUCCGGCAGCUGCUGCAGAAGCCCAACGCCCGCGUGGUCGUGCUCUUCAUGCGCAGCGAUGACGCCCGAGAGCUGCUGGCCGCCGCCGCCCGCCUCAUCGUCACCUUCACCUGGAUCGCCAGCGAUGGCUGGGGGGCACAAGAGAGCAUCGUUAAGGGCCACGAGACGGUGGCCGAGGGUGCCAUCACGCUGGAGCUGGCUGCCCACCCCGUUGAGGAGUUCAACCGCUACUUCCAGUACCUGAACCCGGUCAACAACAGGAGGAACCCCUGGUACAAGGACUUCUGGGAACAGAAGUUCCAGUGCACGCUGGGCGGGGAGGACAGUCGCAGGCCCUGCGUCAAGCACCUGGCCAUCGACAGCUCCAACUUUGAACCCGAGUCCAAGAUCAUGUUCGUGGUGAACGCGGUGUACGCCCUGGCGCACGCCUUGCACAAGAUGCAGCGGACACUGUGCACCAACACGACGCAGCUGUGCGACAGCAUGAGAGCACUGGAUGGGAGGAGGCUCUACAGGGAAUACCUGCUCAACAUCAACUUCAGGGCACCAUUUUCCCCUCCUGAAAUCGAGAACUUUGUGAAGUUUGACACCUAUGGAGAUGGCAUAGGCCGCUAUAACAUCUUCAACUAUCAGAAGACAGCAGACAAGUACUCCUACGUCCAUGUCGGCGAGUGGGCGGAGACGCUGACCCUCAACAAUGACCUCAUCCAGUGGCCCCACCUCACGGCACCCACUUCACAGUGCAGUGACCCCUGUGCUCGCAAUGAAAUGAAGAAGAUGCAAGCAGGUGAGUUCUGCUGCUGGAUUUGCACGGCGUGCGAGUCCUACGAGUAUCUGGCCGAUGAGUUCACUUGCGUGCCCUGUGGUGCUGGCCAGUGGCCCAGUGAGGACCUCAGGGACUGCUACGACCUGCCCGAGGACUACAUCAUGUGGGAGGAUGCCUGGGCCAUUGGGCCCGUAGCCAUUGCAUGCAUGGGCUUUGUCUGCACCCUCCUGGUGGCUGGCGUCUUCAUCCGGCACAACAACACGCCGCUGGUGAAGGCGUCCGGCCGCGAACUCUGCUACAUCCUGCUGUUGGGUGUCCUCCUGUCCUACUCCAUGACGUUCUUCUUCAUCGCCAAGCCAUCACCGGCCAUCUGUGCCCUGCGCCGUCUUGGUCUGGGCACCUCCUUCGCCGUCUGCUACUCGGCACUCCUCACCAAGACCAACCGCAUCGCCCGCAUCUUUGGCGGUGUGAAGGACGGCGCCCAGCGUCCACGUUUCAUCAGCCCGAGCUCCCAGGUCUUCAUCUGCCUGAGUCUCAUCUCCGUCCAGCUGCUCCUGGCGUCUGUCUGGCUGCUGCUAGAGCCACCGGGGACGCGACGUUUCACGCUGCCAGAGAAGCGGGAGACGGUCACCCUCAAGUGCAACGUGCACGACUCUAGCAUGCUGCUCUCCCUGGUCUACGAUGUGCUGCUGGUCAUCCUGUGCACCGUCUACGCCUUCAAAACCAGAAAAUGUCCCGAAAACUUCAAUGAGGCCAAGUUCAUCGGCUUCACCAUGUACACCACCUGCAUCAUCUGGCUGGCUUUCCUGCCCAUCUUCUACGUCACGUCCAGUGACUACAGGGUGCAGACCACCACCAUGUGCAUUUCGGUCAGCCUGAGUGGUUUCGUGGUGCUUGGCUGCAUGUUCGCCCCGAAGGUUCACAUCAUAAUGUUCCAGCCGCAGAAGAACGUCACCAGCCAUCGGAUGAACAUGAGCCGCUUCAGCGUGGCGGGACCUGGGCCGGCCUACUCUCACGCAUCGGCGGUGGCAGAUGUGGGCAGGAUGACAGCCUCUGUGAACGCUCGCUUCGUUCCCGCUGUGUGCAACGGGAGGGAGAUCGUGGACUCGACCACCUCAUCCCUGUGAGCGCCGACCGUCAGAUCACAGCUCCCAGACUGUUAGUGGCCCGGUGGCUGCUGUGCGUCGCCCCCGCUGCUCUCAUGCAGGAAGGAUGCUUCACACGAUUUUUAAGGGCUGUACAUAUAAACUGAGGUCAUUGUAGAGAGAAGAAAAGUCUUUAUAGUCUGUUUUUCUGGGAAUUUGUUUUUGAUAGUUUUCUUAUGCUUUGUAAAUAACCCUAACCCCCAUUGUAAUGUGGCCAUUGAUAAGUUCGGACUCAAGGAUAACUAAAGGGCCAUGUCAGCAUUACGGGGAAGACAAUGUGUCCGUUUGUUUUGUUUUUAAUUAAUUCAGUACGCAUUUCUACGUCAUUGUAAAUAAGCCAUGUACAUUAAAUGUUACUGAUGGUUUUAACAGCACAAGUCAGCGAUAUUACAGGAGGUGUCACAGUGUAUAAAAACCUACUAAUCGGUGUUAUUAACAUCCAUGUCUUCUUUAAGAACAGACUACGCCCAUCUGGGUCAUGCCUCCGCUGUCGUGUUGAUUAGUCUAUGAUUAGUAAAACGUAACCCUGUCUA